AUGGAUGAAGAAGGCGAUGACUACGAAUUUGGGGAUACGUCCGAGAGUAAUAAAAAAUAUACUAUGUUCUGGAUCGAUGGUGGAGCGAACAUGUUCGAAGGAGGCGAAGACUGUGACUUCAAGAGAGCAAUCAAGGCUGUGUUCAACCAAUUGUUGAAGAUAGGAUGUUCCGGCUCACGUACUCAUCGUUACGGACUUUUUGUUGCGAACACGGCUAAAUCUGAGACUAAAUCCCCUGGAGCAGUGAAACAUUGUGUAGAGUGGUUCGAUCUAAAGGUUCGUUCCGAUCACGAAUCUGGAGAAGAUCAGAGACGUGUAUGCGCUUUAAAAGAGUUCAUAGAUCAAGAAGAUAUCAAAUCGGCUUUUGAUGAAAGUUUUGAAGGACACUGCAAAUGCGAUCUGUCUACACUUUUGUGGUAUUCCAGGAAGAUUUUCAUGGAACAGGGAGUAUCUCAAAGACAACAGACCGUUGUUUACAUCACUAACGAUAUCAAUCCGUUUGAGGAGAACUGGGCAACUCAAAUUGAGGGCUAUUUUACUAGGAUGAAGAAAGGUGUGAACUCAUUUCGUCAUCAGAAAGGAAAACGCACCAUGGGUGAUUUUUCGGUUGUACUCUUGAGAAAAGAAGAUGAUGAUGAUGACGAGACUUAUGAGAGAGAUACAAGGGUUUGGCGUCAACUUGAUCCAAAUAUUGGCGCUUCUAGUACCAUAGAGGAUUUGGAGACACAGAUGUUCCAAAAGACGUUUUCUCUUAGAGCAUUCAGUAACAUCCCAUUUGAAUUAGGACCAGGAGUCAAAUUUAGUGUUGCAGUCUAUGCGCUGGCUAGUGAAGCUCGUCCACCAGCCAAAGAAUACGUGGAUUAUGAUACGGAAAAUCCGGUCGAGAAACGUCAAGUAUGGAUGUCACGUGAUGAUAUUCUGAGUCAAUCUAUCACUAAUAAGGCUCAUGGUGACAUAGACGUAAAGGAGGAAAUGGAAACGGAUGUGCUAGAGGACACAAAAUGGUUAGAACAUGAAGUGGAGAGUCGUACGCGUGCAAAAUUCGAAUUGAAGAAGGCGAUAAAAAUUGGUGGUGAAUGUAUUGUUAGUGAACAACAUGAAAUUGAGGAGCUGGGAAGAUUCGAUGCAAAAGGUAUUGUACUUCUUGGAUUCAAAUCGAUAUCUGAGAUCAACUUCGAGAACCAUAUACAACCAUCCCGUUUCAUUUAUCCGGAUGAAAGUAACGUUCUGGGAUCGGCUUGUCUCUAUCGUGCGCUACUGGAGAGAUGUUGGGAAAGGAAAAUGGCGAUGAUAUGCCGAUUCUGUUCACGAUCGAAUCAGAAAGUACGACUAGUUGCAUUGGUUCCGCAUAUGUCCGAGAAAAACGAGAAUAGAGCGGACACUAUUCGUGAUUACGAUUUUGAUGGAUUUCAUGUGAUCUUUCUACCAUUUGCCGAAGAUGUUCGAGAUGUGUCGGAAAAAAUGAAAUGUCCGCAAGGAGAAUGGCCAAAACCAUCGUCCUCUGAUAUUUCGGUGGCCUCCGCAUUUGUGAAGAAGUUGACAGGUUCCUAUACACCGUCACAGUAUGAAAAUCCAAGAUUGCAAUCGUUCUAUGCAAUGAUUAUUGAGAAUGUUGUUGGAGAGCAGAUUGUGAAGCCAACUGAUACACUUUUACCGUAUCACGCACGUCCAGAAUGGGCAUCCAGGGUGAGAAAAGAAGCGGAGAGUUUUGUGAGACAUUUUAACUUAGAAGAACUUUGUAAGAUGUCGUCACCCGCUGGCAGAAAGAGAGCAGAUGAUGGUGGUGGUCCAACUAAUGGUGUCCGUGCGAAGAAGUCAAAACUUGAUUCAGCCGAGAUGGACAUCCGGGAAAUAGCGGAAAAAGGGCAGCUGGAAACACUCACGGUUGUACAGCUACGUGCAGCUAUCGGUGAACAUUUGUCAUGUACGGUGAAACAAGGAACAAGGAAAGCAGAAAUGGUAGAGAUGCUAAAGAAAUAUUUCAAAGUAUAG